CCGACUCUAGCACACUGCACAGAUACUCCAGACAAUUUGGCAGUCGAUCUCAUCUCUGAGGAACUGAGCGGUUGGAGGACCCGAGAAAAGAAACACCCGGUUUGCGUCCAUAUGAGGAGCCACUGACCGUGGGAACGAUGAUAAUCACGAAUCCUUCCCCGGACAGCAGGACUUAAAACCUGCAGUCCCACUGCUCAACCCUUCCCAUUUAUUUCCACAUUGUAGUAGAGAUACGGACCUAGUGACAUUUUAGUACCAUCUCCCCUGUACAGCCUAUUUUAACCCCUUACAUUGAGCUGACAGUAUCUUGGGACGAUGUGGAAAACCGGUCUUCUUCUCCUCUUUUGGGGACUAUUAACGUCCAGUGAACUCCAGCAAGAAGAAACGGAGCCGGAGCGCCGAAGUCAGCCACGGUCGGGGAAGUUGGAUUUUGGCUAUGUGCCUCAGGGAGUUUACCAAACCCUCGCCUAUUACGAACCUGGAGUAAUAGGGAUACUGUUCCACAUGGUGCACGCUUUUCUAUACGUCGUGCAGCCCAACCCGUUCCCCGAAGAUCUCGUCAUCAAAGUCGCCAAGGAUAAAUUUGGAGCCAUUCAGUCGGAAUAUCAGAAGCCAGAGAACAUUGUUCUGACACUCCAGGCCAUCUACUAUGAGACAGGCUUCAUGGUGUGUGCCGUGCUCGGCCUGCUCUUCAUGGUCCUGCUGCCCCUGGUCGGCCUCUUCUUCUGCCUGUGCCGCUGCUGCGACAACUGUGGCGGCGAGAUGCACCAGCGCCAGCGGAAGAACGCAGACUGCCAACGGGGCCUGCUCACCACGCUGCUCUUCGCCACCUCGCUCGUCAUCACGGCUGGAGUACUGUGUGCGUAUGCAGCUAACCAGAACCUGAGCUCUCAGCUCAAAGGCAUGAGGAGACUGGUCAGCAGCAACCUGAGGGACCUGCAGAGCUUUACCAACGAGACGCCAACGCAAAUUGAUUACCUAAUAGCACAAUACGCCACUGCCAAGAACAAAGUCCUUUCUGACUUAGAUAAUGUGGGUCCUCUGCUUGGAGGGAAAAUUCAUGAGGAAUUGGGAAAAGAGGUCCGUCCUGCACUGGACGGAGCGCUCAGUAUGGCUGUUGUCAAAGUGGAGAGGGCCAUUAAAGCCAUGCGGGAGACCAAGGAGGCCCUGGAGAACGUGAGUGUGUCUCUGGAGGUUCUUCAGGAGGCGACAUGGAAGCUCCACUUCAACCUGAGCCUGGUGCGCUCCAGCCUCAACAAAACCCUCAACGACCCGGGCUGCAGCGACGAGGACUCGGACGCCACCACCGCCCAGCUCUGCCGCUCCAUCCGCAGCUCCCUGGCACAGCUCCACGUCAGCGCCAACUUCACCCGGUUACCUGAUGUGAACAAUCAGCUGGAAAGUGUGAAUCAAUUGCUAAAGACAGACCUCAGCAAUAUCAUUCAAAAGGGCUACUCCUCAUUCAAUGACACUCCAGGCAUGGUGAGUGACCAGAUGAGGAACGUAGUAGAGGGAGCCCGGCGCAUGUUGGACAUCAUCGGCACCAACAUCAGCAGCUUCUCCAAGGUGUUCCCUGUACACAGCACUAUGGCCAACUUCACCAACUUCAUCAGUCACACACACUCCAAGAUAGAAGAUUCCUACCCCGAGAUCGACCAGAUUGACUUCUACAGGUGGAUUUGCUGUAUCGGCCUGUGCUGCAUGGUGGUUCUCAUCCUGGCCUUCAACUUCCUGGCCAUACUGUGUGGCUCCAUAGGAUACGACAAGCACGCCUCCCCCACCACACGGGGCUGUGUCUCCAACACCGGCGGCACCCUGCUCAUGGCCGGUGUGGGCUUCAGCUUCCUCUUCUCCUGGAUACUGAUGGGAGUGGUGACCGCCACCUUUCUGGUCGGGGGCAACGUGGAGAAGCUGGUCUGCGAGCCCUUCCACACCAAGCAGCUCUUCAAGGUUUUGGACACUCCUCACCUGGUGAACCCUGAGUGGAGGAACUUCAUCCCUGGGUACAUGUACAACGACUCAGACCUGGAUCUCACAGUGGAAAGUCUCUACAGUAAUUGCAAAGAGAAUAGAGGUAUUUACUCUGCCAUGCGCCUGGACAAAGUCUUCAAUGUCACAACCUUCCUAAACUCUAGCCUGGACACCAAGGAGGUGGGGAAGAUGUUUAACAAUGUGAAGAUUGACCUGAGAGCUAUCAUCCUGCUGGAGUCUGAGGGGAAGCAGAACCUCAUUGGCUUCUCUGAGACGGGCGUCGCCGAGAUCAACUACGUAGCCUAUCUAGAGGAGGUUAACAAAGGGGUGACUCAGGUGGACUUACUGUCGUACGCCAAUGAGCUCGAGGCACAGACAGACCUUAUGCCCAAGGGGCCCCUCCAGACCUCUCUAAAGGGCCACGCCAACAGUCUCCGGCAGAUCCACAGUCAGCAGGUCAUCCCUAUGGAGCAGGCCAUGAAAUAUGUUAGAGCGAGGAGUAUGCUGAACCAGAGCAUCAGACUACUCGAGAGGACGGCCUCAGACCUGCCGAACAAAGUCACUGAUGUGCUGGCGACCAUCGAAGCAGCCCAGUAUCUAAUCUCCCAGAAUGCAACACAAGUCGUCAACCAGGAAACGGAAAAGUACAAGCAAACCAUUGUUGGUUACUUCAGGCAAUACAUAGAGUGGGUCAGGACUUCUCUGACCAUGGAGGUAGCGGCCUGCAAACCCUUCAGUAACAUCGUGGACACAGUGGAGAUCAUAGCCUGCAGCUUCUUGGUUGACUCAUUGAACACAUUCUGGUUUGGCCUAGGCUGCUGUGCCCUAUUCCUCCUUCCUAGCAUCAUCCUGUCAGUAAAACUGGCAAAGUUCUACCGUAGGAUGGACACAGAGGAUGUUUAUGAUGACAUUAUUACAAUUCCCAUGAAAACCAUCCCUGCCUAUGACACUAUGUCUAGAUUCCCACGGGCCUCAGCUCCCCCCAGGCAUAUUGACUGGUGAGAGAGGGCCAGGCUUUUUGACCAACUCCAGAAAGUGCCAUUGGAAGCUGGAACUGAAACACUAGAUUAUCCUAAUGUCCUGUCACAGCCUUUUCUGGAUAUCUGCUGUCCAAUAGGACCCCCUCAGACACUACAGAAGGUGCUGUCAUCAACCCUUUAUUUGAUCUUCCCUGGGGAACUAUAUGGAAGCCAUACAUCUGAGCCCGUGUCGGUCGACCUUCAUCCUUCACCUCACACAGCUGUCUAAUGUGUUUACAUUAGUCUGGCCACAAUAUCAGAGCCGAGGCUGAGUUCAAAUUGAGGACACAACAACAAUUCCAUGGCUGUGUACUCUCAAACCUUUUGUACUUCUUUCGUGUUGUGUAAACAGUGACUGAAAAGAUCUUUAAAAGGUCAUGUAGAGCUACUAUGAGUACAUUGCCAUUUCUGCUCAUAGUUGAGUGGUCUUUGCAAUGAUGUUUUACUAACUGAUGGGGAGAGCUGUUUGAGACGUAUCAUGUGAAACAAAGACUUGGUGUAGAAACAGACUUGAUGGUCUUGGAUCAUAGGCCUAUAUGUUUGUGCUUGAAUAAUAUAAGGACAAUAUAGCAUGACUUUUGUAUGUUUCCAACAUUACAAGACAGCCAGAGGUUGUUAUCCAUGCUGGGUUGAGGCAAACUACUGACGGUUGCCUUUUAGACCUGUUUUAGCAUUUUGACUGAUGUCCACCAUCUUGUUGGCUAUGAGGAAUUACUGUAUCUCAUAUCAGUGUAUAACAGGUGGAAUAUCACAUGAACCUGGACAGAAAUGUCAAGAGACUAUAACAUUCCUUAGUUGAUUAAUUGAUUAACAAUAAUGCAAAGUAUCAUGUUGAGUAUACUAACAUGGCAUGUUAAUCAAUAUAUUUUGGGGGCUAUUGUAGUGGUCAAACUUUAAAUUGGAGAACUGCUAUUUAAAGCCAAAUCCUAUUUUUACUGUAGGUCUCAGGUCUUUAGUUGUAUAACAGUUAUGAAUAAUAUAUUGUUUCAAUCUUUUUUUUUAUCCAACAGUAGCUUUUGGGACCUAUGGAACUAUGGAAGGGUGAAUGUAUUGAAUAGUUAUUUGUAUAAAGAGAUGUAUUGCUUAAAGUGAAUGAUGACACCCGUGUGGACUAUGCUGAACAACGUUAACAUACUGUACGGUACAUGCCACCCUGAUAAUAUAACCCAUCUGUUCUCACUUGUUUAUAGGUUUUUAUGUUCCUUCUGCUUCAUAAAGAUGGGGGACAUUAGCCUACUUAACUACCAUGUGCUGUCAAUCAAAUGACAUUAAGCCAAUCCAAUAGAGGCUUGUUGAUGAGAUGAGCGAGGACUUGUUAUUGGUAUAACUGAUCUUGCCCAUUGAGUCUAGGAAAGAAGCUUCACUUCCCAAUAACUAUUAUUUAAGUACAUGCCUGCAGACUGCUUACCUUAAGAAGUGUAUGAUUAUUACAUAACAUGCUAUUUUACUGAGUUCUAAUGAUAGACAUGUUAUAUGCACAAUCUGGUUAGAUAGUGGGUGCAAUGUUUACUGGUUGUUUUAAGGGUAAAACUGUAAUGGUGGCACUGGAUAGUGGGGCACUGAUGGUGCCCAUUGGAAAUGAGUGUCCUUGUAUGAUGUUUUUUUGAAAGUGUACAAAUGUGAAUAAACUUUCAGUUUCA